UCCCUUUAUUUUUAGUAGUUUUCAUUUAAUACAUUGCUAUUAUCCUUUUUUUGUUUCUGCUGCUGCCUGAUUUCCAAAUGAGGUGUGUGGUUGACUGGUCUGUUCGUAACUCUGAGGUUCUACUGUACUUAAAAUAUGCCAUUAUAGAAAUCAAUGUAGUGCCCUCAUCUGAAAUACUGUUUUGUUCACCUUUUCUCAAAAAGGAUAUAGGAGAAAGAGUGGGUUUAGAGACCAGGAACAACAAUGACCAGAGGCAUGGGAAGCUCCCAUUUGUAGAAAUAUUAAUCAAAACUGUCCCAUAUUAUUUUCAAAGAGGGAACACAAGGGACAUGCUGGAGGUAUACAAAAUAAUGUUAUAGAAAAGGUAAAUAGUGCUCUUCUUUGUUUACCAUUUAUCAUAAUACAAGAACAAAGGGGAAGUCCAGUGACACUGAAAAGGUAGUAUGUUUUAAAAUUAUAAAAUGAAAUAGCUUUUUAUAUACAAGCUGUAGUUUGUUUCCACAGGAUCCUGUAGCCAGUCAGGAGCUUAGUAACAUAUCUAAAACAAUUAUACAUCUGUAUGAAUAGUCUUAUGCAUUUCUGGACAGUAUGAGGCACCAGAUACUGGACUAGAGAUGGACUUCUGAUUUGGUAAUUUCUGUGUAAUAUUUUUACCUUCCAGGGUUGCUCACUGAGCUGCUAUUAUACACUGCUGGCAAUCUGUUUGGCAGAUAAGUUUUUCUGCAUUUAUCAGGAGUUAAAAAAUUGCUCAAUACAGUUUAACUUAAACAACCAAACAAACCAUGCAGUAGGGAAAGUAAAAAUACAAACAAAAUGGUUAAGAUGCCAAAAAUCCCAGGAUGUGAAAGGGGACUCUUUGCUGGUCCUCAAACAUAUAUAUAUACCGUUUCCCAUAGCUGCUUACAUCUUAAAAUUAAUACUUUAAAAAUCCCCUUAUUUGAAACUGUUGCAUUCUUAGGGCUUGUCUACACUGGCAAUUAACAGUGCUGCAACUUUCUCGCUCGAGUGUGAAAAAACAUCCCCCUCCCUCCGAGUGCAGCAACUUGCAGCGCUGUAUAGCACCAGUGUAAACAGUGACCCAGCGCUGGGAGCUAUGCCCCUGAUGGAGGUGGUUUUUUUAGAGCACUGGGAGAGCUCUCUCCCAGCGCUGCGCCGUGACAACACAAGGCAUGUUAAAGCGAUGCCAUGGCAGUGCUUUAGCAUUGCCACUGUAGACUAGCCCUUAGCUAUUACUAAUAAUGCCUUAGAUCUUAAAACUGACCAUUCUAAAACUCCAGUUUAUAUUUUAUCUUGGCUUUUUUUACUUUUAGCAUCAACCUUGGCUGGGACAAUGGAAAUGAAUGUGAAGUCAAGUUCCUUUAUUAUGAUCAGUUUCAUUCCCUGAGGGCUGAAAUGUUUGGGUUGCAUGCACUGGUGAAUGGGGGGAGAGGGAUGUUAAUUUAGGGUUUAUGUCCCAUGGCUGUGGAAGUCUCUUGAUAUGAUCUCAAGCUGCUGGUUACUACCCUUCCCCAGCCUCGUCAGUGCUCUCCUAGCUGCUCAGUAUUAUUUUCAGAUUCAGGUAGUUUCCCCCCUCCUCACAUCAGUCAGCGAGCACCAGCAGGUAUUGGGAGGGGAGAGGAGUUCCUUUCUUCUGAGCCAGGACUCCCAAGUGCUGGAACAGAUUUCAGUAGUUCUCAAACUGUGGAUUGUGACCCUCAAAGUGAGUGGCAACCCCAUUUUAAAGAGGUCACCAGGGCUUCCUUAAACUUGCUCGCUGCCUGAGGGCUUCAGCCCUGAGGGCGGGGAAGGGGGCUCACGUUACAUGCCUCCUGCUUGGGGCUGAAGCCCUAAGGCUUUGGCUCUAUCUCCUACCUCCCAACUGGGGUGACGGGGUUGGGGCAGGCUCAGGCUUCAGUCCCCCCUCCUGGGGUCCUAUAGUAAUUUUUGUUGUCAGAAGGGGGUCCCAGUGCAAUGAAGUUUAAGAACCCCUGGAUUAGCGUGUAGUCCACGCUACUUCUGUCGACGCAUGCGCGCCCCGCUUGCCGUUCUGCCCAUGUCGGGUCACUCCUGCAUCAACUGCGCGCACUCGCAUCAUGCACAGUCGGGCCUCCCUUGCGCUUGCGCAGACGCUGUCCUGGCCGCCGCUGCGUCCCUAUCCUCGGCCAGGUCCUCCCCGGCGCCUUGAGCGUCCUGACGUAGAGCGCGUGCACCGCCCCGGUCGUUGGAGGGGAAAAGAUGGCGGGCGGGCGCAGUGGGGGCUCGUGAGGCAGCGGCUUCCGGGCCAGGGGGAGUGUGGAGACCGGCGCGGCAGCGGGGUCCGGUGGCGGGGAUAAGAAAACAGUCGGACGUGUUUUAGAAACAAGAUCGCCAUGGCCACAGAAAUUGGCUCCCCACCCCGGUUUUUCCAUAUGCCGAGGUUCCAGCACCAGGCACCUCGGCAGCUGUUCUACAAGAGACCUGAUUUUGCACAGCAGCAGGCAAUGCAACAGCUCACCUUUGAUGGGAAACGGAUGAGAAAAGCUGUGAACCGGAAAACCAUAGACUACAAUCCCUCUGUAAUUAAAUAUUUGGAGAAUAGAGUAUGGCAGAGAGACCAGCGAGACAUGCGGGCAAUUCAGCCUGAUGCAGGAUAUUAUAAUGAUCUGGUCCCUCCUAUAGGAAUGCUGAAUAACCCUAUGAAUGCUGUAACAACAAAAUUUGUUAGGACAUCUACCAAUAAAGUAAAAUGCCCAGUGUUUGUUGUCAGGUGGACUCCUGAAGGGAGGCGCUUGGUCACUGGGGCUUCUAGUGGAGAGUUCACCUUGUGGAAUGGAUUGACUUUCAAUUUUGAAACAAUAUUACAGGCUCACGACAGCCCUGUAAGGGCCAUGACUUGGUCACACAAUGAUAUGUGGAUGCUGACAGCAGACCACGGGGGAUAUGUGAAAUACUGGCAGUCCAACAUGAACAACGUCAAGAUGUUCCAGGCACAUAAGGAGGCGAUUAGAGAGGCCAGUUUCUCACCCACGGAUAAUAAAUUUGCUACAUGCUCUGACGACGGCACUGUUAGAAUCUGGGACUUUCUACGUUGCCAUGAGGAGAGAAUUCUUCGAGGGCAUGGGGCAGAUGUGAAGUGUGUUGACUGGCAUCCAACAAAGGGAUUGGUUGUAUCAGGAAGCAAAGACAGUCAACAGCCUAUCAAGUUUUGGGAUCCAAAAACUGGCCAGAGCCUUGCCACGCUACAUGCUCAUAAAAACACAGUGAUGGAGGUAAAGUUGAACCUGAAUGGGAAUUGGCUGCUUACAGCAUCUCGUGACCAUCUCUGCAAGCUCUUUGACAUCCGAAACCUGAAAGAAGAGCUCCAAGUCUUCAGGGGUCACAAGAAAGAGGCCACAGCUGUGGCCUGGCACCCUGUUCAUGAAGGGCUUUUUGCCAGUGGAGGUUCCGAUGGCUCUUUGUUGUUCUGGCAUGUUGGGGUGGAGAAGGAGGUUGGCGGAAUGGAAAUGGCCCAUGAGGGAAUGAUCUGGAGUCUGGCUUGGCAUCCUCUUGGACACAUUCUCUGCUCAGGCUCAAAUGACCAUACCAGCAAAUUCUGGACUCGAAAUCGGCCUGGAGAUAAAAUGAGAGAUCGUUACAACCUGAACCUGCUGCCAGGAAUGUCAGAGGAUGGCGUGGAAUAUGCUCCAGGAGAUGACCUUGAACCCAACAGCCUUGCAGUGAUUCCUGGGAUGGGAAUACCUGAGCAACUGAAACUAGCCAUGGAACAAGAGCAGAUGGGGAAAGAUGAGUCAAAUGAAAUUGAGAUGACAAUCCCAGGGCUGGACUGGGGAAUGGAGGAGGUGAUGCAAAAGGACCAAAAGAAAGUGCCACAGAAAAAAGUGCCCUAUGCAAAACCAAUCCCAGCACAGUUUCAACAGGCUUGGAUGCAGAAUAAGGUCCCUAUCCCUGCUCCACCUGAGCUGAUGAAUGACAGAAAGGAGGAUAUUAAACUAGAGGAGAAAAAGAAAACACAGGCAGAGAUCGAGCAGGAAAUGGCAGCACUUCAGUACACCAACCCACAGCUCUUGGAGCAACUGAAGAUUGAGAGACUUGCACAAAAGCAAGCUGAGCAAGUCCAGCAGCAGGCACCACCUCCAGGAGGCCCUCUGCAUGGACCCCAGCCUUUCCCAGGACAAGGCCCAAUGUCGCAGAUGCCUCAAGGAUUUCAGCAGCCCAUUCCACCUCAGCAGAUGCCAAUUAAUAUGCCUCAAAUGGGACCCCCUGGUCCACAGGGACAGUUCAGACCUGGAGGACCCCAGGGACAAAUGGGACCCCAAGGUCCUCCAUUACAUCAAGGAUCUGGAGGUCCCCAAGGCUUCAUGGGACCACAAGGACCUGCAGGUCCCCAGGGACCUCCGCAAGGACUGCCAAGACCUCAGGAUCUACAUGGGCAUCAAGGAAUGCAGAGACAUCCUGGACCUCAUGGGCCCAUGGGGCCUCAAGGGCCACCAGGUCCACAGGGUAAUUCUGGCCCCCAAGGUCACUUAGGACCACAAGGUCCACCUGGGUCUCAGACUCAUUUAGGGCCGCAAGGUCACUUAGGUCCUCAAGGUCCCCCUGGUGGUCAAGGAAUGCAGGGGCCACCUGGUCCAAGAGGAAUGCAAGGGCCUCCUCUUCCUCAUGGAAUGCAAGGAGGUCCAGGAUCUCAAGGGAUGCAGGGCCCUAUAUCUCAAGGGCCUUUGAUGGGACUUAAUCCAAGAGGGAUGCAGGGUCCACCAGGGCCCCGUGAUAAUCAGGGACCUGCUCCACAAGGGAUGAUGAUGGGUCAUCCGCAAGAAAUGAGAGGACCUCACAUGCAGGGUGGUUUACUCGGACAUGGUCCCCAGGAGAUGAGGGGCCUACAGGGACCCCCACCUCAAGGUUCAAUGUUAGGACCUCCACAGGAGUUACGUGGGCCACCAGGUGCACAAGGCCAGCAGGGGCCUCCAAAGAACUCUUUAGUUGGGCCUCAAGGAAGUAUGCAAGGACCAUCGGGACCUCCGGGACAGCAGAAUCCUUCAAGGGGGUCACAUCCUCCCCAGGGUCCACUACCUUUCCAGCAGCAGAAAACCCCUCUGCUUGGUGAUGGGCCUCGUGUCCCAUUCAGUCAGGAAGGACAGAACCCAGGUCCCCCACCAUUGAUACCAGGACUGGGGCAGCAGGGAGGACAAGGCCGUCUUGCCCCUCACAACCAAGGACCUGGCCCUAAUAAAGGUGACAACCGUGGCCCACCAAACCAUCACAUGGGCCCUCUCUCAGAAAGAAGGCAUGACCAAAACAGUGGUGGUCCAGAUCAUGGUCCUGAGAGAGGGCCAUUCCGAGGUGGCCAGGAGUGGGGUGAUGGUAGGGACAACAGGGGCCUGCCUGAUAGACGAGGACCUCACCCAGAUUUUCAUGAUGACUUUGAUCGACCAGAUGAUUUUCAUCCAGAUAAGCGAUUUGGCCACCGCUUGCGUGAAUUUGAGGGGCGAGGCGGCCCACUGCUACAAGAUGAGAAAUGGAGACGAGGUGGCCCAGGGCCUCCCUUUCCCCCUGAUCACAGGGACUUUGAAGGAGGGGGCCCAAAUCGUGGCCCUCCUGGGCCUUGGGAAGGACGGAGACCCUCUGAUGACAGAUAUCCGCGAGAACCUGAGGAUGCAAGAUUCCGGGGAAGACGGGAUGAAAGAUUUAUAAACUGGAAACCAAUAAGGAAAUGAAAACUCUAAUGUGCCCGAGUAUAGAGUCCAUAAAAUCAUUCAGUAAUAGAAGAGAACUUGAAAAAGGUCAUUGCACACAACAGCUUCAGUGCCUGUAUACAGUAAGUAAAGAGAAGGGAGGAAAUCUGUAGAGAAGAUCGGGUGAUGCAGGCCGAAGAUUUGAGAUCAUAUUGACAAGAGUGAACAGGAAACUGGAAAGUCAGAGAUUUCCACACUGAAGCGACAAACUUUUGAACACUAGAUAUGGAGAUUGAUACUUUGCCUCCAAUCACAAACUACAGCAUGAGUAUAGAGUGUAUCUGAGUGAGAUGUAAUAUACAGUUAGGGAGCAGGAACAGUGAACCUACUAUCAAGUACAAGGGGCAUGGAUACGCCCUCUUUUGGACUGUCAAGACUAUUUUCUCAUGUUUUUGCUCUUAGGAGUCUUCUUUCGCUUUCUGACAUAUUUCUUUCUCACUACCAGGUGAAAAACACAAACAGAAAUAAUCUAGUUUCCUAGCAAUAGUCAUCUCAUCACUCACCAAGUUGCCCUGAGUAAACCUCAAAGGAAAAAGUUUUGCUUCUAGUUAAUCACUAAAUAUGGAAUAACUCCUUAAAAAUCUGUGAAGUUCAUUGACAUUGAAGUUACUCCACAUUUACACUAGUAUAAUUGAGAGCAGAAUUUGGCUUCUCAGGGUUUAAACCUCUCAUUAACCUACUGCAUAUGUAUAUAUACACAUGUAUAUAUUUGUAAAAACUUAUUGUUGUCUUCACAUAAUGUACAAUCCUCUCUUUUAGUUGGCUUUUUAAAUAAUUUUCUUAGAUUCCUUUUACUUUACACCUAUACAGCUCUCCUUUUAGCUACUUGCUACCUAACUUGUAAGAUGUACCUUCCUGUUGUGUGAGGGGUAUGAAAAGAAAUGAACAAUAACUAAACAAAGGUAACCUCUGAACACCUUUAAAAAUAAAUUAGAGUAACUAAAAACAGAGAACUCCAGAGCUGAAUGGUCUGAAUCACAGAAUUCUGAAAGAGAUGGCAGACUAAAUUAAACUAUAGUUGUAGCUGGGGGUUUUUAACCCUUUGUUGGAAGUAAGGGUCGGGGACUGAGAACAAGCUAAUGUGUCAUUCUGAUUUUAAAAAGGCCUCAAGAGAAGAGUCCAGGAAACUGCAGACCUGUAAGUUUGACCUUUGAAGUGGGAAAGAUUCUAUUGUCACAGUACCAGGGAUCAAAAUAAGAGAACAUUUUUACAGUUGGUUAGAGGCAAUCAUCAUAGAACUGUAAGAAGUAUUAUGAUUAGCAAACUUAAAUUAUUUGAGCAAGUGAAGAGGUGAAAUAGACAUUAAAUACUGGAGAUUUUAUGGGGUGAUCCCAAGAAUUCCAAACCACUCAUUCCAUUUAGUUUUGAGUUUAAACACCAUAACUGGUUUGAUUAUGCAUGAGUGGUAUGUAUGUGUUUAUCUCUCUCUCUGGUUUCCUGUCCUUUCAUCCCUGUCCUGUUCCUACUCCACUUGUGCACAUCAACAUGAUGCUUCUGCUGCAGAGACCUGCCUAUUUUUUUCCUGUUAUUCUGCACAGUGUGUAGUUCUGUAAAUUAAGUUCCUAUGUCUCAUGAAAGAGGAUUUGAGACUUGUCAAACAGAAACUGAGCACUACACCAGUCAGAAUUUCAUAUGUGACUGUGAUUUGAAAAAGGGUAUUUAUGAGCCCAAAUUAGGGGCUAUGACUGUGUCCAGCAUAGUAGUGAUAGAACUCCAAACUGAAUUCUUUGGCCAUUAAAUUGCUUGAAAAACAGGAAGUAAGGCAUUGAUCCUGGCUGUCAUAGGACCUUGUCUUGUGACCAUAAGAUCUCACGAGCUAAACAGCUUCAGACAACCUAGUCAGUAUUUAAAUGGGAGACCCUCUAAAGAACACGUAGGAUUGGUCUACAUUAGAGAACUGUGCUGUUCCAAGGUUAAAUAGUAUUGCUAAGUGUUAUGGAACCAUUUGUUCCUGAAACUGUUCAGUUUGUCUGCCCUAAUAAUCUAAAUUACUGUAAAAUGGUUCAUUGUCCAUGCACAGCACUCCCUUCAACCACUGCUGUACCUCUCCAAGCACAGCUUCCUCAUCUCUGUAUUGUGUUUGUCUUUUCCAGGAGGUGGAGAUCUAUUGUGUUAAUUUAAAAAAAAAAUGUAUCACCAAGUUUAAAAAUAUUGUAUUGUGUUAUGACUACUGUUACAAAUAUUUAAAUUUGUAAUUAUAAGGUUACUGUUGUUAAAAUCCUAAAUAAAAGUAUUUAAAGCUUUGCUUGUAAUAGGAUGCACUGUGUCUUUAAUGAGAUGGGGGAAGGGGAUGUUGCACAAAGCCAAGACAGUCUGAGUACCACCUCUGCUGCAGUUUGGCUGGUAUGGAAUUGGGAUGGGGUGGAAGCGUGUUAACAAGUGGGCAGAGACAGUGCUCUGAGUUGUCAGAGCCAUCACAGCAGGGUGGCCAGGAGUAUUGUGGAACUGCAUUGUGAGCACUAAUUGAACCUAGAAUAGCUGCACCACCUAAACUUUUCAUUUAUGCUGGUACAGAAGCUAUUCUGAGCUGGUGUGCACUGAAACAGUUACAACAAACUGAGCUGGUGCACUCUGUUGGAAUUGUACUUAGAAUGUGCGAAACAUUACAAACACCUUUGUGCAAGGACACAGUGUUCUACCUACAUUCCAGGUGCUGUAAAUACCAAAAUGUUCACUCCAUGCAUCUGAUGAAGUGGAUUAUAGCCCACGAAAGCUUAUGCCCAAAUAAAUAUGUUAGUCUCUAAGGUGCCACAAGGACUCCUCGUUGUUUUUGCAAAAUUAUCUAGCGUCUAGACAAGAUUCUAGAUGCUACAAGAAGUGGUGCAGUAGGAGACACUCUUCUCUCUGAAGAAAUUCUGAAUUAAUAUCUCAGCAUGAUGAUUGUGCUUCUUUAAGAUAAGAUGUAAAUCAAGGUCCUGAUCACAUCAAAUCAUUAAAGCUCCCCUGGUACGUCUUACAAGGAAAUGUUACUUCACUGCCCCAACCAAAAUGAUUUUGGAUAACUGUAUUCUGCCAGACUAAAUCCCCCAGUAUUUCAACUGAAUAAACUGUUCUUCAUGUUGCAGUAUAUUGCUAUGCACUGUUAAACAGUUGCCAUCACCACAGAGGUGGCUGCACUCCAGAAUCAGUUGCUAAAUUUGUAAAUCUUACAGAGACCCUUCGGGAUAAAAGGUGCUGUAUAAAUUUUAGAUAAUUUUAUGCCAGCAAAAGAAACCAAAUUGAGUAAGAUUCAGGAAUUAAAAUUCUUCUAUCUAGCCAUGGAAUGAGACUCUUUUGUUACUUGUAUUUUUACUUUUGGUUUCAUUACUAAGGAAAUGGCUUUUUAAAAAAAUACAGGUGCUAGCACAUCACAUUUUAAGGAAUUUCACUCAUCCCACUUUGAAAAAAAAAAAUUGGCCCUGAACUUGAACCUCUCCUUACUCACACCCACCAUCACUCCCUAACCUUUCACUUUUCA